UAGCUCCCCCCUCAGUCGCCUCGAAUCCGCCAUGCCAUGCAAGCCCGGGAAUUGCCCUCAGACAACCCAGCAGAGCAUGUCUCAGCACAGCCACUCGGCUCACCCUAGAGCAGCUCAGUUGAGCCCAGCUCAGGGCACGGUGUAGUAGAGUGAGGACCGAAGUGAAGUGACGCUUUGGAAGGGUCUGGUUUAGGAAGUAACCGAGGGGAGCUGAGCUGAGCAGAGUUGAGCUGGUUUGCCUGUUGCGCUUAAGGCCCCCAUCAUGUGGACGCAGUGGAACUCAGCAAGCCAUGGAUGAACGGCCAAGACCCACCUGUUCUAUCGAUGCAGGGGAGCGCCUCGCCUCGCCUCGCCGCACCGGCAUUCGCCCUGAGGGCUGGUCGCUUAUCCAAGAUCGCACGGAUUCUGAGGGCUUGUUGUCACGCGUGCGUUGAGGUUACUCGAGUGGAGGAACCUGCGUUGUUCGGCCGUCCGUUAAUCUCGCUUCUGAGGGCGAAUGAGACUCGCAUUAGAGAGACUCGCAUUAGAGAGAGCGAGCGGAUCUCGCAACAGGUCGGACCCACCUGCAUGCCUUCGAUGUUUGUCGAGCAAACGUUGAGUCAACGGCGCGCUACACUGGAGGCAAAGCCUUACCGUAGCUGUACGGCGCGACGGGUUGUUAGCAGUAGACGGUAACCAUCCCGGUGCCGCAGCCGGAGCGCGCAGCUAUGUACGAUAGUACGACGCGACAUUGGCGAGUCGCUGUGGACCACGGUACCGAUUAGUAUUAGUAGUAACUUAUUGCUCUGGUAACCUAGUCUAGUCGAUGGCGACCGAAACAAUCCGCGCUGCCUUUCGACGCCCCGCCGCUGGAGCCAUGGCGGAACGUCUGUUCGAUCCGAAUUCUUUCGAACUCACUGAUGUGAGAGGGGACUCCGACUUAGGAACGAUGGGUCCGUCGUUGCGCGGUCGGGGGAACGUUUUCGUCGGCCGUAUUACCGCGGCGGACGAAUCGGCUAAUCCCCGCGCAGAUCCGGCUGCGACGCGGCGACGCAGCCCAUCGAAGCCGUAUCACCGUCGCAGCCCAUCGCAGUCGUUCGACCGUCGCAACGGCCCGUCGCAGUCGUUCGACUUCGAUAACGACUGGUGUAGGAGUGCCGACACCGCCGCCGAUCGUCGCGAAAGGCUCCGAGGCGGAGGGAUGGUGAGGGGGGAACGGCAGGCGGAGGUCCCAAGGGUUGGCGCAGCGCAAGUUGGCGGGGAACGCACCGCGGAGUUGCGCGGAACAGUGCCGGCGCGCGGAGAAAGUAGUCAGCAGCGACGCGCGCAGGCCGCGGAGACGCCGCUCAGAUCCCCCCCGCAUCGCGUUGAGCCGUCCGGAACAGGCUCGGGAACAAGCGCGAGAACAGGCUCGUUACCGAACCAGGAGUGGGAGAAGGCCGUUGUGUCCCGAGCCUUGAGCGGCGGAGUUUCCGCGGACUGCGGCCCCGAUUGGCGCGGCGCGGCGGAUCGCGCAGCGGCAUGGGCGCGCAAGGACGGCGGCUGCGGAGCAGCGUGGCGGAAGCCCGGCGGUUUCCUCCCCCCGCGCCUGCUCCUCUGCACGGGGCCUCCCGCCGCCAUGUCCCCGUGCUCCACGCUCGAACACCAGCUCAGCCCCUACUGCUCUUCCGCUGCCACGUCAGCUGCCUCCAGCCCGUUCGCUGCCACGUCAUCAGCGUCCAGCCCGUUCGCGGUGGCGAGUCCUCUUUCGUCCGCCAUCAGCCCGCUAACCCCCUCCCCGCUGUCCGGAAGAAACGCCUCCCCGCUAUCCGGGGGGACCCCCUCUCCGCUGUCCCGCGGGAGGAGCGCCUCCCCCCAAUCGACGAGAUGCGCCUCUCCACUUGCUGGCGGAAACUCCUCUCCGCUUGCUGGCGGAAACUCCUCCCCGCUAUCCCGGGGAGUCCCCUCACCUCUGUCUGGCGGAAGCUCCUCCCCGCUUCUUCCGCGCAGCCCCCUCCCCCUCCGCAGCCCGUUGCCCGCGCGCACUCCCCCCUCGCCCCUUCGCCCGCGCAGUCCCCUUCCCGCGCGCAGUGCCCCCUCCGCCGGUCCCGCUCCGCCCUCCCCGCACGUCAGUCCCGCGCAUGCGCGUCUCCGCUCCGCCUCCAAGAGCCCCAUUGCGCGCCGAGCGCUUGCCCGCUCCGUCAGCCCGCUGUCUGGAGUUUCCCCGCACCCACCUGGCCCGCACCCACCUGGCCCGCACCCACCUGGCCCGCACCCACCUGGCCCGCACCCACCUGCGCCGUUCCAAACUGCCUCGCCGCUUUCAAUCGCCCCGCUUCCGAUCGCGCCGGUUUCGCCUGCCCCCGUGCUAUCACCAGCAGCGUAUCGCGAUGCGGCGCCUGUCGUCGUUCACUCGCCCGGUUCCACUAGCCAUAUGGAUGGUACAUGCGCUACCGGAAUAUGCAACACCAGCACAUGCGGCGCGGACAACUGCUUCUUUCGGAGCAGCAGUAGCAGCAGUAUCAGUGGCAGCAGUAGUGGCUGCUCCUCCUCCUCCUUUUUCCGCAGUAGCAGCAGCAGCAGCAGCUGCAGCAGCAGCAGCACCGCGCACAGCCGCAGCAGCAGCCCUCUAAGAGGAGGCGGAGGCGGAGGCGGGGUGGGAGGGGGAGGGGGAGCGCACGGGCCUGUGUUUGUCAGGAGGCCCAGUCUGUUGUCGCGCACGCAACUGACCCUCUCCCCUGCAUCGCCGCAUCCUGCGCCCUCUGCUCUCAAAACAUGCCCCUCCCCCUUCUCCGCCAGCCCGCGCCCAGCCUCCCCCCAAGCGCGCCCUGUGUCUCCCCCAUCGCACCCAGCCUUUUCCGCAGUGCCCCCUGCGUCGCCCCUCCUCUCCCCCAACUCAUCCGCACUCCAACCACCCUCCCCCUCUCCCCUCCUCUCCCCUCCCCCUCGUCUCCGUUCCCCUCCCCGUCUCCUCCGCCCGGCUUCCCCCCUCCUCCGCCCCCCCUCCCCGCUCCUCCGUCCUUGUUCCCCUACCCUUCCCCCUGCAACGCCUUCCUUCUUCCGCCCCGCCCCUCCAUUCCCAACAUCCCCAGCCUCUCCCCCUCCCCCCAACACCACUCGCCCCCCCCUCAACACCACUCCCCCUCCCCCUGCUGACCUUCCUGCCACGCCUCCCUCUCCUACUCUCUCCUUCGCUCCUGCGCCAUGUGGUUUGGCAAGCCAGCACGGAGGGACACGGGAACAAGGGGGAGGUCGCAGGGAGAGUUUUGAGCCGACUCAAAAAUUUGCUCCGUCCAAUUCGGCAAGCCAGCUCGGAGUGGCAGGGGAGCAAGAGGGGGGUCGCAGGGAGAGGCGGAAAGGGAGCGUGCAGUUGGCAGCAGGGGCAUUGAGGGGAGGAGGAGGGGCAGUAGCAGGCGCAGCAGACGCAGCAGCAAGAGCAGCAGGAGCAGCAGGAGCAGCAGGAGCAGCAGGCGCAGCAGGCGCAGCAGGAGCAGCAGGCGCAGCAGGAGCAGCAGGCGCAGCAGGAGCAGCAGGCGCAGCAGGAGCAGCAGGCGCAGUGGGAAACGGAGGAAAGGCAGGAGGCGGAGUGAGAGGACGGAAAGCAGGUGGUGUGGAGAGCCGCCGGGCCAUCGGGCUGUCUGCGCUGACGCGAGACAGGGGAGCGGUGGGGGGAGGAACAGCCAGGGAGAGAGGUGCGGGUAGCAGGCGGCCAGGGAGAGACGAGAAUAGCGGAGAGCUGAAGGCGGGAGGAGGCGGCGGGGGAGGAGGGGGACAGCAGCAGCGGCAGCAGCAGCAGCAUGUGGUGGCAGCUGCAUUUGAGAACCAAGAUCAAGUGGGCAUUGCUCUAGUCGUCCAACGUAGAGACCUCUCAGCACAACUCGCGCCCCAUUCACCUCAACUCCCUCGCUCCCCCCACACUCCCCACACUCCCCACACUCCCCACACUCCCCACUCUCCCCACACUCCCCACACUCCCCACUCUCCCCACUCACCGCACACUCCCCACUCCCCCUUACGUACCACCUCCCGUCCUCCUCUCGCAAACUCCCCUCUCUCCUCUCCUCUCUCCUCCCCACUCACUCCUCCGCAUCUUCACUCGCUCUUCUCUCCCAACACCACCCCUCAUCGCCCUCUCCUCCCCUCCCCCCUCUCCUCCUCCUCCUGCUCCACCCCCACUGCUCCCCUCCUCUCCCCCUUGGGAUCUCCAGCUCCGUCCCUCGCCCGCCCAGCCUCCACCUCAGCUUCGGCUGCAUGCUCGGGAGCAGGUUCGGCAGCAGGCUCGGCUCUGGCAAGGAGCUGGAGGGAGCGGGCAGGUUCGGCACGAGCCUCGGGCUCAGCCUCGGCAUCGAGUCUGGUGUUUAAACGAAACAGCAGCAGCAGCAGCAUGUGCCAUGAGCGUGUGCAAUCCUUUUCUGCUGUUUCUGGUUCUGCUGCUGCUGCUGCUGCUGCUUCGGUUGUCUGUGCUGCUGGUGCUGCUGUUUGCACUGCAGCUGGUGGUGCAACAGGGAGAGCAGGCGUGGAGGGAGCAGCAGUCAAUGAAGCGAGGCCAGCAAGCAUGCGCGGCAGCAGCAGCAGCAGAAUCAGCAAGGGGGACAGCAACAAGCAUAACACAAUCUCCAGCAGCGCCAUCACCAGCGGCGGCUGCUGCGCGCCUGAGUUCCCAUCGCUCCCCCGCCUGCGCAUGCGCACCCCCCUCUCCCACAGCAUGGACGCCGGAUCCCUCUCCCUCCUCCCCAUCAUCGCCGCUGCUGCUGCUGCUGGUGUCGGUGGUGCGGCUGGUGCUGGUGCUGAUGCUGGUGUUGCUGUUGCUGGUGGUGGUGAUGGGAGUGGUGGUGCUGUUGCUGGUGAUGGGAGUGGUGGGAGUGGUGGAGGGGGAGGGGAGGUACGGAGGGAGGAAAGCAGUGGUUGGGGUGAGCGAGGGCAAGGAGACAAGCCACAAGUGUACCACCAACAGCAGCUGCUGCAGCUCAUUCAGCAGCAGCUGCUGCUGCAGCAGCAGCAACAGCAGGGGCAGAGGCAGCAACAGAGGCGUCAGAAGCAGCAAGGGCAGCAGCAGCUGCAGCAGGGGCAGCCUCGGGUGCGACGUGGCAGCGUGGCAGUGGAUGGCAUGGGCGACUCCUUCCAGGAAUUCAGGAGCCUCCGGCCGGCAGAAUUUGUUUUACGCCGCUCCUACUCCGACGUACACGCCACAUAUGCCAUCGACUACCAAGCACCACCCCUGGGCCGAGGCCAAUUCGGGGUGACUCGGCGAUGUGUGGAGAAGAGAACGGGGGAGGUGCUUGCGUGCAAGACGAUUGACAAGAAGAGCAUUAAGACGCAUGAGGACGCGGAGGAUGUGAGGAAAGAAGUGGCUUGCUUGGAGCUGUUGGCUGGUCACCCCACUAUUGUGAAGAUUAAAGAUGCGUUUGAGGAUUCCACCCACGUGCAUAUAGUGACGGAGUUGCUCGCGGGCGGCGAUCUCUUCGACAGAAUCAGAUCGCGCCGCCGCCUCCCGGAGCCGUCCGCCGCCCAGCUCUGCGCCGCCCUGAUUGAAGCGCUUCUCCACUGCCACUGCAGAGGCAUCACGCACCGCGACAUCAAGCCCGAAAACAUCCUCCUUACAAGCCUCUCCUCCGACUCCACUAUAAAGCUCAUCGACUUCGGCGUGUCGACUUCAUACCAACGGGGUGUGCCUCUGACCGACGCGGUUGGGACACCAGAAUACAUGGCUCCUGAAGUGCUUAGGCAGAGCUACGGCCCCGAGGCGGACAUAUGGAGCGCGGGGGUGGUUAUGUACGUGGCGCUUAGUGGCGCGCCGCCUUUCUGGGGGUCGGAAAAGCGGUCGGUGGUGGAGCGGAUACUUAAGAAGGAGGUGGCGUUUAAAGGGGUUAAGUGGGAGGGAGUGUCGGAGGAAGCGAAGGACCUGGUGGCUCGAAUGCUGGUGAAAGACGCCAGCAGGAGGAUCCGGCCGCUUGAGAUUCUAGAGCACCCGUGGAUUCAGAAGUGGAAGCUGGCUGCUCACACGUGAGGGAUCGUUGCGUACUGGAUAGUGAAGAGAGUGCGAAUUCUGGUGGCUGAGGCUUUUGAGAAAUUUCAAAAACCAUCUGGCUGCUCCGCACACGUGACGAAACUCCUGGGUACUGGAUGCUGAUAGAGAGAGCCCGGACUGGACUCUGGCGGCUGCCACUCUUUUGAGGCGCCUCAAAAGUUGCUGAUAGAGAGCCCGGACGCUGGUGGCUGCGGCUUCCUCGCUUGCCUCGCUACUGAAAACGACCACCUUGUAAAUAAAUAGCACUCCGGAAUUGGGUCCGGAAUAGUACGCUGGAUGCUGAAGGCGAGGACGAGCUCCAGGGCAAUGGGAACAUCUUGAUUCUUCCAGAGGCUUCCUUUCUUUCUUUCUAGGAGUUAGAGCAGUGGCAGCUGGGGGUGUGCAACGCACAGCCCGUGUUGUAUUAUUAUUUAGAAUAAGGAAGGUGGGGGUAAAAGAUUACCCCCCUUUCCCUCUAGUUCAUUCUUUGCUAUUCUUCUCAUUUUUUCAUUCAUACAA